AUGUUCCAACCCUAUAGUGUAAUCAAAAUAAGUAUUGCAGAUUAUAUCUUAGAUAUGAUGGAUUGUAUAGUUUAAGGCUAGAAUUAGAGAGGAGGAUUAUAUUUAGGCAAUAUAGAAAGUGCUGGAAACGGAAACUUAUUAGGUGUCUACAAAAUCGGUGCUAUUUUGACUACCAUGAGUUCAUAGGAGUAUAUUUAUGAUGGAAACAUCUCAUCAAUGUUCAUUCGUGUAGAUGAUGCCGACUUUGUUAAUUUAAGCUAAUAUUUUUAAUAAGCCAUUGAUUUUAUUGAUUAGAAUAGAUUGUUUACAAACGUUCUAGUGCAUUGCUAUGCUGGAAUCUCACGAUCUGCAACGAUUGUAAUUGCCUAUCUGAUGAAAUCAUAUAAAAUGACUUUGGAUGAGGCAUUUAAAUAUGUUCAGUAACUUAGGCCUAUCAUUAAUCCCAAUCCUGGGUUUAUGAAGCAACUUCAAUAAUAUGAAGCCCAUCUAUUUGGUUUUAAUAUUCUUCGAAGCUCGUCAAUUCAUUAGAAUGAAAUUAUGAAAAUUUAGAGUAAUUAGAUGUAGAUCGCAAAUCCUGAAUUCCAAAUUUAUAAUAUUGAUUUCAAUUAAAAUUUGGGCAACUCUCAACUAUUAUAAUAAACAAAUCUCUUUAAUUCAUCAAACUAAAAAGAGAAUUAAGAUAAUAAACUGAAUUCGCAAUAUCCUAUUGGUUCUCCACGUGGUUUCCAAUAAAUGGGCGUCUCAUGGACUCCAGCACUUCCACAAAAGGAGUUUAAUGGCUAAUAUCCGAAUCUUCGUAGUGUUGAGUUUAUAUAAAAUUGA